AACCCAACUCUAUGGACACCUUAAUUCCCUCCAGCGAAAUUGGAUUAAAUUGGCUAUAAUUGGUUUACGGGUAAAGAUCCUCGACUCAAUAGCAAGUAUUGCAGUGAAUACCUCGCUGUCAAAUAAGGUGCAAGAUGAGUUUUUACUGAAUUAGCGAGAACUGAACAACAUGAAAUUUGGGACGAUUUUAAAGUCUGUUUGACCUUCCUUUUACAACAGAUUCCAAUAUUACGAGUCAAACUCCAUAAGAUUUUCAGAACAUGUCAGAAGGAUUUCAUACGAGUAAAGUAGAUAUCCACGGACUAGAAUAAUCGCUUUGGAUAGCUUGCAUCCCGAGAAAGUGACGGUGAAGACUUGUACUACUACGUUGACGGAGGGAGAGUUGAAGAAACUUGAAGGCAAUCAUGAAGUUGUUGAUUCAAUGCGUACUAACAUGCUGCAUAGUGUUGGUCCUGCAUCAAGGACAGUGCGUUAAGAAACAAGAUAUUUUCAAAAUUUUUCACCGGGGUCGAGAGGCCUACGACAAACUUUUGACCAGCGUCAGAAAUGGGGCAAAUAUGGGACUACAGGAAUGCCGGUCACAAUUUCGAUAUAGAAAAUGGAACUGUACCUUGAAUAUUGAAACAAACGUCAAGAUAAAACUACCUAACUGGACAAACAUCCCAGCAACUCGUGAAACAGCGUUUGCGCACAGUAUCACAACUGCGGGCGUAACGUACUCUCUGACACGAGACUGUCGCAUGGGCAAGUUUGAAGACUGUUCGUGCGUUCACAAUAAGGACUCUGCUGCUAAAGGCAAUUGGUGGGGCGGAUGUAAUGAGAAUAUCAAAUUUGGUGAAGUAAUGGCGAAACAUUUCUUGGAGGCCAUAGAUAAAGGGAAUGGUGCAAGAACCCUAUUGAUUCUACACAAUAAUGAAGUUGGACGAAAGGCCGUACGAACCACACUAAAGAAACAGUGUCGCUGCCAUGGUAUGACAGGAUCUUGUACAACAGUCACUUGUUGGAGAAAACUGGCCGUUUUCGAAGAGGUUGGCAACUACUUGAAGAAAAAAUACACCCAAGCAAAGCGAGUUAGUAUCAUAAGAAACAAACUAAAACGAAAAGGAUCCAACGGGUUUAAAACUAUAAGCAAAAAAGACACAAAUCUGUUAUACACGGAGUCUUCACCGGACUAUUGUCAGCGGAACAUGACCUUUGGUGCUGUUGGAAUGAUCGGACGCGUGUGCGAGGGAACAAAGAAAAACCUCGAUCAGUGUCGUAAAAUAUGUAGCUCUUGUGGAUUGACUUCUACGAACUUUAUUGAGAAAAAAAGAGUAAUUUGUCAUUGUAAGUUUGAAUGGUGUUGCAAAGUUAAAUGUGAGACCUGUAGGCGAUCGGAGGUCAAGACAAAAUGCACGAGAAAUAUAUAAAACGAGAAAGGAAUACAAGAAUAUAGAAAAAGCUCGGUUAUAGAACGACCGUUAGUAAUAUCGAUGGAAGGGUUACUAUGGAUGAAUCAUGGCGUUGUUGUAAGGCUCAGUCUAAGAUAAGAUAUUCUAUACAAAUGUUACUUGGCAGUUUAGAGACAAUUCCAUUACAGAAUAAGACAAUAAGGUGUGGUGAUAAGGGGAGCAAGUUGUUACUCAAGUUGUCCAUAUUCACUGCAAGUUUGUUCUAAUGGGAAAGAAUACCUCGGAGUUUGAAAUGGAAAAACAUCACGUCCAAAAUACACAUUCGUAUAUUGAUGGAGAUUGUAAGGAAGGCAAUUUUAUACAAACACUAGAAAAGUUUUACAUUUGUUAAAAAUAAAUAUUAGUCAUUUAGGUGAGUCCGCGAUUUAACAGCCAACCGAGAGCUCGGUUUCUCGUGCUAGAGUGAAGGAUUUAAAAUAGAAAAUACUAGUGAACGUGUAAUAGUAAAAUGUCGCAGACCAAAAGGAACCUGGGCAGAGACAAUUUAGUUAGAUAUAUUUCGUACAAAGAUGUACAUUUAUAAAUAUAAUUCUAGUGUGAAAAAACCGACUUAAUUCAUUCUUGUACACAGACCCCCUCGGUUCCCUUCUCGAAGGAAACAACUUCUUCACGGCGGGAAAAAACCGAGGAGAUCAGGGUACGAGACUGGUUUGCAAUAAGAUUAGUGUAAACUACAAAAUUCCUUUUUUUUAACAUUCUCGACUUUCACAUUCCCAUAAUGCCUUGCGUUUUUGGGGGUAACCAGUCAAAAAAUGUCCCAAAUUGAAAGGUUUCUUAAUUGAAUUUAUACUAUACCUGCU